AUGCUUUCAGCGAUCAGAGUACUCACUCUUUAUAUUUGUAUUGUUUGGGUCUUAACUAUGAUCCUUUCUUCUAAGGAUCCUAGUAUUGCAUCCCCAACGGGAAAUGCUGAAGGGUCCCCUUUUGUAAUUGCUAUUAAACGAGCAAAUAUUAGGGUACUUCCUCACAUCAUAAAUGCUGUGGUUUUGUCUUCCGCCUUCUCUGCCGCAAAUUUGGGUUUGAUGCAGGGCUCAAGAGUAUUAUUUGCUCUAGCCUCAAAGGGUCAAGCUCCCAGCAUAUUUUUGAGAACAAAUAAAAGGGGUAUUCCUUACGUUGGUCUCAUAUUCACCGCGGCGUUCUUGCCGUUAUCUUACAUGUCAAUUUCGACUAGUUCUUCAACAGUAUUUCUGUGGUUUCAAAGUAUUACAUCUUCAAAUUUACUUAUUGGCUGGAUUUCGAUUUCCUUGAACCAUAUCUUUUUGAUGCGUGCUUUGAAAGCACAAGGUUAUUCUAGAGCUGAUUUACCUUACACUUUCAAAUUUGCACCUGCUGCUGCAUGGAUCUCAUUAUUUUUCUCUUUACUAAUUCUACUUACUUGUGGCUUUGCAAAUUUUUUGAAUCAUAACUUCGAUAUUUCAUCUUUCUUCAGCUCCUACUUCGUUAUUCCAUUGAUUUUAGUGUUGACCUUAUUUUGGAAGAUUUUAAAAAGAACAAAAGUUAAAAGGCCAGAAGAAGUUGAUUUGAAGACGUUCUUCAAAGAAAUUGAAGAAAAUCCCGAGCCUCCCAUAGACAGACCAAGGGGAAAAGAAUGGCUAUUAAUUCUCUGGUCUUAA